AUGCGCGCGAGUCAGCUCGCCCAUGUGCCGAGGGUUUCGUGUCGCUCGAACGGCUCGUCACUUCGGUGUCGCUCAAGAAGGCGAGGGGAGACCUGCCGCGUGGGCUCGAGUUUAAAUGCGCGAGGGACGAGACGCUAUCACAGGGGAACGAGAUGCGCGGCGCGCGUCCACGGGGCCUGGCCAACGCCCAAGGAGAUUGCCGACAGACGGUGGUGGGAUGAGGUGGACCCCAAGGACGAGGACGAGCAGACGAGCAUGCCCGCGUCGCAGGCCCUGCGGUGCCUGUGGCACAUUGCCAAGCCGGACACGCCCCUGCUGUGCGUCGGCGGCGUGUUCCUCGUCGGCGCGGCCCUGGCCGAGCUCGCCAUACCGCACUUCGUGUCCGCGGCGCUCGCGUCCGUCGCGGGGCUCCCGGGCCCCGCCUCGCCGACCGGCCCCGCGGGGUUCAACGUCUUCGCAUCCGCGCUCCACGGGGUCGCCGUCGGGGACUCGGCGAGGCACGCGGCGCUCCGAGCGGCCCUCGCGGGGCUCGCGGUGUGCUCCGCGGGGUACGCGGUCUUCGCGUCGGGGCGCGGGAUGUGCUUUUCCAUGCUGGGGGGGCGCAUGUCGCUGCGGCUGCGCGACGGCCUCUACCGCGCCAUCCUGAGCCGCAGGGUGUCGUUCUUCGACAACGAGGAGGCGGGCGGGCUCUCCUCGCGCCUCGCCGCCGACGCGCAGGUGGUCUGCAAGUCGCUCUCGACGACCCUCAACAUCGCGUUGCGCAACGCCAUCCAGGCGGUGCUCGGGAGCGCGUACCUCGUCGUGCUGUCGCCGCCGCUGUUCGCGCUGACGUCCGCCAUCACGGGCGCCAUGAUCUGGUGCACGUGGGUGUACGGCAGCUACUCGCGGCGGGCGCAGAAGGCGCAGCAGGACACGCUGGCCGACUCGACGCAGGUGGCGGAGGAGACGUUCCGGCACGCGCGGCUGGUGAAGGCCACGGGGAACGAGGCGCAGGAGGCCGAGCGGUACCACUUGCGGCUGCAGCGCAUGCUGGCGGUGACGCUGCGUCAGACGGUGGCGUACGGGGUGUAUUUGGUGGGUCAGACCACGCUGAUCCGCAUGGCCAAGGUGGCGGCGCUGAUGGGCGGGGGCGCGCUGGCGCUCGCGGGGCACAUCUCCUACAACGACGCGGCCACGUUUGCGUUCUACGUGGACUUCACGCUCUGGUCCUUCCUCGCCGUCGCCGACCAGACCGCGUACCUCAUGGAGUCGCUCGGGGCCAGCGAGCGCGUGUUCUCGCUGCUGCAGGGCGAGGAGCGCAAGGGCUACGUCGACGACGGCAGUGCAGUCAAGGGCGGCACGAAACAGGUGCCGGGCUGGGAGGGCGGAGCGAGGUUGGAGGACGUGGUGUUUCGGUAUCCCAGCAGGCCGCAGAAUGUUGCCCUGGACCACGUGAGCCUCGACAUCCCCGCCGGGAAGAUGACGGCGCUGGUCGGGCCGAGCGGCAGCGGGAAGAGCACCGUAGUCGCGCUCAUGCAGGCGCUGUACGGGCACGCGCAGGGCCAUGUGCGUCUCGGGCCGCCGGGGCGCGGGUGCGGUGGGGACUGGAUCGAACUCAGCGACGCGGAUCCGACGUGGUAUCGGUCUCAGGUGGCGGCGGUUGUGCAGGACAACCCGAUCGUGUCUGGGACGAUCGAGCACAACAUCACCUACGGGAUGUCGCGUGAGGCGCGCGCGCAGGUGACGCGCGCAGACGUGGUGGAGGCGGCCGAACUCGCCAACGCGCACGAGUUCAUCGCGAAACUCUCGCACGGGUACGACACCGAGGUGAGCGAGCGGCUCCUCUCCGGCGGCCAGAAGCAGCGCCUGGCCCUGGCCCGCGCGCUCGUGCGGCGCCCCAAGCUCCUGAUCCUCGACGAAGCCACGUCGGCGCUCGACUCAGAGUCCGAGGCGCUGGUCCUCGCCGCGCUGGACCGCGUGAUGGAGCGCGGGGGCCGCACCCUGCUGGUGAUCGCGCACCGGCUCGGCACGGUGCGCAAGGCGCACCAGAUCGCGGUGAUGGAGGAGGGCAAGGUGCGGGAGCUGGGGUCGCAUGCGCAGCUGUUGAAGAAGCGCGGGACGUACUACCAGCUGGUGGUGCGGCAGUCGCAGGAUGCGCUCGACGCCCUCGACCUCUCGACCAUGACCAUCGACGAGGAGGGUCUCCCGGACUCCCCCGUGCGCGUGGCCAGCUAUGCGCGGGCGGCGGUUGAGGGCGGCCCGCUGUCGCCCGCAGACGGAGGCCCGUCGGGCGAGGGCGGCAGCCCCAUGCCCGACAUCCCCGUGGACCUGCCUGUGUCGGUGUCGACCCAGGAGGCGCGUAGGUCCCUCAGCGACUCCCUUGACAGCGUGGACGACAGCUCCGACGAGGAGGAGAACGGCGCGGGGUGCGACUGA